AUGGCUUCUCUCUCCCCCCCAAGUCCUAAACCACAGCCUCCAGAAGGAGCCAAGUCCAACCCUUCUAAACGGCACCGGGACCGCCUGAAUCAAGAGCUGACCAAACUGACCAACUUGCUGCCCUUCCCUGAGGAUGUGCGGGCCCGGCUUGACAAGCUCUCCAUCCUCAGGCUGAUUGUGGGCUACCUAAAGGUGAAGAGCUACUUCGCAGCCAUCCUAAAGGACAGCAUUGCAGACUGCUCAGGUGACCCACCCAUGAAUCCAGGAAGAAGUGAGCAUACCUCUCCACAGGUCAAUGCAGAACUGUUUUCUGAAGGGGACUUGCUUCUUCAGGCCCUCAACGGCUUCCUCAUGGCAGUUACAGAGGAUGGCUAUGUUUUAUACGUCUCUCCCACGGUCCAGGACUACUUGGGAUUUCAUCAAUCAGAUGUCAUCUAUCAGAGUGUGUUCGAGCUGAUCCACAAGGAGGAUAGAGCCAUGUUCCAGAGCCAAUUUCUCUGGCCUCCAGAUGCAGCACCUAACAGGGGAGAAGCAGGGACACCAAACUGUCUCUCACUUAGUGGCACCCCCACUGACAGCCUUCAGCAUCAGCCCUUGGAGGACCCCUCCUAUCUGGAAAGAAGUUUUGUCUGUCGGUUCCGCUGCCUGCUGGACAACUCUUCUGGGUUUCUGGAGCUGAAUUUCCAUGGCCAUCUUAAACUCCUCCCUGGGCAGAACAAUAGACCAGAAGAUGGCAUCCUCAUGUCUCCUCAACUCACCCUGUUCGCCCUUGCAACACCUCGCCAGCCACUCACCAUCCUGGAGCUCCAAAACAAAACAUUUCUUUUCCAAACAAAACACAAAUUGGAUUUCACACCUAUAGCCUGUGAUUCCAGAGGCAAGGUGGUCCUGGGUUACACCGACAGCGAACUCUGCAGGAAAGGAUCGGGCUACCAGUUCAUCCACGCGGCCGACAUGAUGCACUGCGCCGAGAAUCACGUGCGGAUGAUGAGGACGGGCGAGAGCGGCCUCACGGUGUUCCGGCUGCUCACCAAGCAGGCCGGCUGGCUGUGGGUGCAGUCCAACGCCCGCCUGGUGUUCCGUGGCGGCCAGCCCGACUGCAUCGUCGCCCGGCAGCGGGCCCUGACGAAUGCAGAGGGGGAAGAUCACCUGCGCAAGAGGGCCCUGCAACUGCCGUUCACCUUCACCACAGGGGAAGCCAUCCUUUAUGAUAGCAGCCCCCUGAGCCCUCUGACUUCCCUCCCAGCCAGGAAGAGGAUCCGGGCAAGGAAGGGCACCCCCACUGGUCAGGGCCCUGUGCACCCAGGCUCUCUUCUGGGAGCCAUGAUGCGGCAAGAUGAAUCCAUGUAUUUGUCCUGCAUGGUCCCAACCACCCAAGGCUCACCCUUGGAGAGGCAGGGGUCCAAUGGCAGACAUGAGGACAAGGAAGAGAAAGAGAAGGAGGAAGACCACUCCUUCCUGUCCCUCAUUGAGACCCUGCUGGAGAAGGAUACAGAAGAACAGCCUGAUCUCUGCUCCACUCUCCAGCACCUGGGGGUCACUGACCUCAAGCAGUGUUUGUGGGAAGAGAGCCUUCUCAGGGCUGACUCAGGCCCUGCAGGGUCUCAGAACUUCCACCCACUGCCCUCCAGUCGGGGAGGGGGCUCCCACAGGGAAAAGGAAGUACUUUUCCAUGACAGUGGAAAUGUGGCAUUGCCCCCACCAGCCAGCACAACUGUUCCACAGACCCUAAAGCCACAGCCUUCUCUGGGCUCGGGCCAGCUAACUGGGGAAGUAACUCCACCUCAGAACAUGGGCACAGUGCCCAGCUGCCUUCACACACACACCCAGCAUUUUUUCACCACUGGCCCUACAUUCCAGAGCCCUCCACAGUGGCAGCCUCAGCACACCCAGGCAGCACCUUUAAAUUUUGGGAUAUGCCAGAAACCAACAAUAUUUGACUUCAGCCCCCUCCCCGAGGCCUCCAGCCCCAGACAGCCUGCUCAGGUGUUUCAGCCAAACCACACAUCUUUGCCCCCUUUAGGAGAAAAUGUUGUCCCUGGACACCUGGAUCAGCCAGACCCUGGUUUUCUUGAUUUUUGCAAAGAACCUAUGCUCUGGACAGCCUCACACAGUGGUCAGUGUCAAGGGCCCUUCAUCUCCUCAGACCCUACCUCCUGGGGCACCCAUCCCUCGGAGAGCAUUUGGGAUUCCCCCAUCCAAGGCCAGCCAGUAAUGGUCCCUGUGGAAGUGGAGGCAAGGCAGGCCCAGCCUGACCCCUUCCACCACCUGAAGUCAACCAUGGCCAACUCAUGCCCUCCAUGGGCAGGGCCAGCCAGUGACAUUCCUCCUGAAUUGUGCUGUGGUUUGCCCCCAUCUGUGCAGGGGGCACUCGGUACCCCAAAGGAUACUCUUGGGAGUCAAGAGCACCCACCCCACUCCUUGGUGGUGAGCCAGCUCUCGGGGAGCCCUGCCUGUCCUUCCCAGGAGCUCCUGCACAGACCCUUGGCUAUGCAGGACUCUUACAGCAUGGACUGCCCCUGCCCAGCUGCCAAGCAGCAGCAGUGGCUGCAGACCCAGGAGGCAUACGGGCCAGUGAGAGAAGGAUUUCCAAGUGUCCAGCACCUGGGUGGCUGCUCAAGAGAUGCCAUUCCCCCCGCCCUGCAGCCAAGCCCCUUCCUGUCCUCCAAAAGCAGCUCCCCAGGUAUAGGCAGCAGCCAAUGCAAGAGCCCAGCUGAACCCACAAGGCGGAGCAAGGACAGACCAGUCAUCCUAGCCCCAGGUGCUGUGGUAAAAUCCCAGGUGCAGUCCAGCCCUGUUCUGCCUCCCUGCCAUCCUGACCCUGCCUGCCCAUCUACGUCUACGCAGGGCAGCCAUGACCUCCAGCUCCAGGUAGGUGUUGGCAAGCAGGACCAUGGGAAUUUGGGGGUAGCAGGAAGGGGUGCUCCAAGUGCAGAGCUGCUGGCAGAUCUGAAUAUGAGGAGGCAUCAGUCCAGCUAG